CUAAGGUUCAAAACGACGAUGAAUAAAAGAAUGGAAGCAUGAAAGUAUGUAAGGGAAGGGGCAAUCCCUCUUCAGAUCCAUGACCACGAAUCCCAAGUCACCACUCUGCCUCUUCCUCCUCCUGCCCUGGUCAAGUCUUUUCUUUUUAUUUUUCUUUUAUUACUAUUGCUUUGCUAAUUCUAAAUCAUUUCAGAUCUUAGCUACACAAAUCGGCUAUCCGCCGUUUGUUAGCUCCUUUGAUUAAGCCUUAUUUUCGCAGCACACUUCCUCCCAUUGUUGAUACCAUUAUUAGUUGGUUCAACUACAAUGGCCUCCCCCUUAAAUUGUUCUUCUUUCCCAAAGCUUACUUGCUGGGAAUUUGGUUUUUUAUCGUUUAAUUAUUCUCAAAUACCUAAAACCUUAGAACAAAUUUUUUGUUGUUGAAGGUACAAGCCAACUGGAAUUCUUUUUGACCAUCUUUAUGCCGAGCCUGAAAGGCAUUGGAAUCUCACUGUACGUCCCCUCAUUAUUAUUAUUAUUGUUAGUGUCUACUUUUGUAUUCCAGUUUGAUUGUGAAUAUUUGCCCAACUACACCAAUGCUGGAUCAAAGCUUCUACACCUUAAAUACAAGGAUUAUUAAAUUACUCAUGUUUUGUGAAACUUUAUAUGAUUUAAACCUAUCCCAACACAAUCAGCAUUAAAGAAAAAAAGGAGCGGGGAGAUUGAAGAGAUAGAGAGCUUUUUUUAUUUUUUUUUCCGGGGGAAUUUAUAGAACAGAAUGUUUUGUAGGAUAGAUGUUCGAAUGUGCAGUCAUUUCUUACUUUUAUCCCAUUAAUUAAUUAUCUGGUUGGAGGUAAAAUUUUGAUCUGCCUGCCUAUAGGUGCAUUUUGGAGGUUAUCCGGGAAAUGUAUUGAUACCUUAUGAAGGUGAAGAUUCAUAAAGUGGAGCUUUAUAAGCACAUUAAAGAGGUUGGAACAGAUGUCCUAGAAAUUGAUAAGACUUCUUCUUUGGGAAAUUUACUAUUACUGAUCAGUUUAAAGCUUAACAAUUCUCCCAGAUAUGGAGUAGACAUUACACAAGGGGUGGCAAAACUUCAUGCGGCAGGUGUUGUUUGUAAAAGGUUUUUUUUUUUUUUUUUCAAAUUGAGUGCAGAUAUGGAAGCAACAAGCAGUACAGGAUUAUGCCAUAAAACUCUGCAUCUGGACUAUGCAAACUGCAGUGGGAGUCUUUGGUGGUGAAGGGUAUAAGGAUAGGAUGGAUAUACCUCCACUAAUGAUGAAAAAUGCAGGGGAAAGACACCAUCUUGCGAUUUCAAGCCUAAAUUGCCCGCCAUUUGUAGCAAUUGAACUUUGCCGAGAACAUUUGAUAUGUCCUUGAACUUCUAGGACGAAACUAACUAAAUCUCUGAUAUAUUUCUGUAUUUUGUGGCAUCGAUUGCUUUUCUAGUUUACAAUUAAUAUAUAUAGCAAAUUUCAUGCAUGCAUUGCAUAUUAAUGAACUGUGUUUUUUCCA